CUGCUGGUGGGUUCUGGUUUCGAAGCGGUUCGAGGCAUCAACCCCUUGUCCCCGGAGAGAAACCGCUGCUGGCGUCCAGGGGCUGCGGUUCCAGCCAGAAAGAGACGGCACAGGAGAUCUUGCUUGAAGCAUUCAUAAGCAUUUGCACAGCUAUGAUGGCAUCUACUUGGUCCAUCCAGGCCAACAAGGAGCAAGAUGAACUUUUGGAAAUAAAGAUAGAGGAAGAGGAGGUGGAGGAGGAAAAUAAGUGUACCGCCAGACAGGAUCAGAACAUGCAAAAGAACACCACCCACAGCAGGGAGGUCUUCCGACAGUACUUCAGGCAGUUCUGCUACCAGGAAACAUCUGGACCCCGUGAGGCUUUGAGCCAACUCCGGGAACUUUGCCAUCAGUGGCUGAGGCCAGAGACACACACAAAAGAGCAGAUUCUGGAACUGCUGGUGUUGGAGCAAUUCCUAACCAUCCUGCCUGAGGAGCUCCAAGCUUGGGUCCAGGAACAGCAUCCACAGAGUGGGGAAGAGGUGGUGACUGUGCUGGAGGAUUUAGAGAGAGAGUUGGAUGAGCCAGGAUAUCAGGUCUCAGUCCACACUGAGGAACAGGAAAUGUUCUUGCAGGAGAUGGUAGCUCUAAGAACAGAACAAGAACCCAGAAUGUCCCUCCCGUCUGUGAAAGCCCAGCUAAAGUGUGAAUCUCCAGAACUUGAAGCCCAGAAGAAGCAAGUUUCAGAUGUUGAGACUGGAAAUGAGUAUAGGAAUUUAAAGCAAGAAGUUUCUGAAGAAAUGAAACCAUAUGGGAAUAUAUCUAGCAAAUUUGAAAAUGAAAUGUCUCAGUCAGCUAGGUAUGAAAAAACUUAUGAACCUGAAGAAAAAAUAGGAGAGUCUUCUGGAUACUCCAGGGAAGAUAAACAACAUACAUGUGAUGAAAAUGGAGUAAGUUUGACUGAGAACUCAGACCUUUCUGAACACCAGAGAGUCUGUCCAGGAGAAAAGCCUUAUGAAUGUGAUGACUGUGGAAGAGCUUUUAGUCAACACUCAUGCUUCGUAGAACAUCAGAGGAUCCAUACUGGAGACAGGCCCUACAAAUGCGAAGAAUGUGGAAAAACUUUCCGUGGGAGAACUGUGCUUAUUCGACACAAAAUAAUACACACGGGAGAGAAACCAUAUAAAUGUAAUGAGUGUGGCAAAGCCUUUGGCCGGUGGUCAGCUCUUAAUCAACAUCAGAGACUUCACACAGGAGAGAAACACUACCACUGUAAUGAAUGUGGCAAAGCCUUUAGCCAGAAAGCAGGUCUCUUUCACCAUCUCAAAAUCCACACAAGAGACAAACCUUAUCAUUGUACUCAGUGUAAUAAAAGUUUUAGUCGGCGUUCAAUUCUUACCCAGCAUCAAGGAGUCCAUACUGGGGCAAAGCCCUAUGAGUGCAGCGAGUGUGGAAAGGCCUUUGUUUAUAACUCCUCCCUUGUUUCCCAUCAGGAGAUCCACCACAAAGAAAAAUGCUAUCAGUGUAAGGAAUGUGGGAAGUCCUUCAGUCAGAGUGGCCUUAUUCAGCAUCAGAGAAUCCACACUGGGGAGAAACCCUACAAAUGUGAUGUAUGUGGAAAAGCCUUUAUUCAGAGGACAAGUCUUACAGAACAUCAACGAAUUCACACUGGAGAGAGACCCUAUAAAUGUGAUAAGUGUGGAAAGGCUUUCACUCAAAGAUCAGUCCUCACGGAACAUCAGAGAAUCCACACCGGAGAGAAGCCCUACAAAUGCGAUGAGUGUGGGAAUGCCUUCCGAGGAAUCACCAGUCUCAUUCAGCAUCAGAGAAUCCACACUGGGGAGAAACCCUACCAAUGUGACGAAUGUGGCAAAGCCUUCAGACAGAGGAAGAAGACUAGCUACAAGGAUAUACUUCUGAAAAAUCAGUGUGAACCCCAAGCUGGAGUGAAUCUUCUCCUGAGCUCGCUUAUUCCAGAAUGGCAUUCUUCUUGCAGGAAAGAUCUCUAAUAGUGACUGAUGG